AUGACACCACCCGAAUCCCCGCCUGCUCCCCUGCGCAGAGGCAACGUCAUCGGCGGACGUCAAGGCGACAAGUUCCGCCUGACGGUCCUCGCCGAUGGCCUAGUCCGCUAUGAAUGGGCGCCGGACAGUCGGUUUGAGGAUAGGCCAUCCUCCUUUGCAUACCGUCGCGACCGCGGAGGUACCGAUGAUUUUGUAGUCGAGGACUUCAACGACGACGGCUGGAUUGACAUCGUCACCAAGCGUUUCCGUAUCACCUUUGACACAAACUGCACCUCCUUCGCGGCGCACAACUUCUUCUGUCUCGUCGCGGGCCACACCCGCAGCCUCUGGCGGUACGGGUACUACAAGCCGUGGGAGAGCCUCGGCGGCACCGCCCGCACGCUGGACCGCAUCGAUGGCAGGACCGACUGGGGCACUGGAAUCAUGUCGCACAAGGGCUACGCCACCAUCGACGACUCGACCACCAUGCUCUUCGAGGAGGAUGGUUUCAUUGCGCCACGUCUCGCGGGGGAGGGCAGAGUGGACGGUUACCUUUUCGCCUAUGGGCACGACUACCGAGACGCCAUCAAGGCAUUUUACCUCAUCACGGGUGAGACCCCUGUCAUCCCGCGCUGGGCGCUGGGCAAUUGGUGGAGCAGGUAUUACCCGUACAGCGACCGCGAGUAUCUCGGCCUCAUGGACGAUUUUGAAAAACACCAAGUCCCGCUGUCGGUCGCCGUCAUCGAUAUGGAGUGGCAUCUGGUCGAUGACCCUCGAGUUAUCGCGGAUGGCCAGAAUGGUUGGACUGGAUAUUCGUGGGAUCGUAAGCUGUUCCCGCACCCACGCCGCUUCCUGGCAGAGCUGCACAAGCGUGGGUUGAAAACGACUCUCAAUGAUCACCCGGCCGAUGGUGUGCACAGGUACGAAGACUUGUAUAAAGAGUUUUGCCACGCAGUUGGCCGGGAUCCAGCGUCAGGGGAGCCGGUAGCGUUUGACAUAACAAACCGCAAAUACAUCCGUGCCUAUUUCGAGAUCCUGCUCAGACCACUCGAGGAGGACGGUUGCGACUUUUGGUGGAUAGACUGGCAACAGGGCGAGUACACCAAGCUGCCCGGUGUUGAUCCGCUCUGGGUGCUCAACCACUUCCACUACCAACACAUCAAGAGCAGCAAAAUGCCCCAGCCCCUGAUCCUGUCGCGGUAUGCCGGGCCCGGCAGUCAUCGCUACCCAAUCGGCUUCUCGGGGGACAGCGUGGUUUCGUGGGACAGUCUGCGCUUCCAGCCCGCAUUCACAGCGACGGCUUCCAACAUUGGCUACGGUUGGUGGAGCCACGACAUUGGCGGCCACUACCUGGGCGCCAAGAGCGUCGAGCUAACCACGCGCUGGGUCCAGCUCGGCGUCUUCUCCCCCAUAAUGCGCCUGCACUCGUCAAACACGCGCUGGGUGACCAAGGAGCCCUGGAUUCUGCCGACCGGCGGCCCCCAGGAGACAGUAUCGAACUUUCUAAGGCUGCGCCACCGGCUGCUGCCGUAUCUGUACUCGAUGAACGUGCGCGCCUCCGAGGAAGGCAUGCCGCUCGUCCAGCCCAUGUACUGGGAGUGCCCCACACGCCACGAGGCGUAUCGCGUCGAGAACCAGUACCUGUUUGGCACGAGCAUGAUGGUGAUGCCUAUCACGGACCCGCUCGACCCGACGUACCGGUUGGCUAAAACCAAGGGCUGGUUACCUCCUGGUAGGUGGAUUGAUUACUUUACCGGGAGGGUGUACACUGGAGACCGCGAGGCGUGGAUGAGCAGGCCCCUGAAUCAGUAUCCUGUGUUUGUCAGGGAGGGAUCGAUUGUGGUCUUGGAUGCUGCCGAAAAGAUCGGAAAUGGCGCACCUUUGCCCACCUCUCUCGAGGUUGUCCUGGCUGUCGACCAAAACUCUGGAGACGCCUGCUUCGACCUCCACGAAGAUGUUCAAGGCGAAGACGGCGAAACUAGACGAUUCACUACAAAGAUCGAAUGGACAGCAGAGACGAGCACCGUGACAAUCACCAACGCCCCAGGCUCAUGCAACGAAUCCCAUCAAGACCGAGAAUGGAAUCUGCUCUUCCUGGCCCAGCACGGCAGCAGGUGCACCUUGACGAACGUACAUACCAACGCCCAACUCCGUCAUCAACCUGACGAAAGGGGCUCACGCUUCACGCUGGGCAGCUUUCCGUCCGACGAGCCCAUCGUGGUGAAGCUCAGCGGAGGAGGCGGGAUGGUGAACAACAACCCGAUCCGCCAUAUCGAGAAGAUCCUGGGCGAUGCCGAGAUCGAGUACGCGCUCAAGGACACCAUCUGGGCCAGCCUGACGGUCGAGACGGGGAAGAAGACCUACCGGGCGCGUCCGAAGAAUGAACAGCUGCAGGGCGUGCAGGCGUUGGAUAUUGAUGAUAAUUUGAGACAUGCGAUUGUGGAGAUGUUGUUGCUCGAGUAUGAUGAUCCGGAUACGUCGGUUUGA